AUGAGUUUUUUUAACGCAAACGGGCCGGGUGGCUCAUGGGGAAAUAUGUUGAAACAAGCAAUGAAUACUGUCGAAAGUAAAUUUGAUAAAGCACUUGACAUAGGAGAAGGUAGUGUGUAUCAAGGAGAAGUAUACGUAGAUCCUGUUACCGGUUUUGUGACAACUCUUGAUCCACCAAGUUCAACUUCACAAACUAUAACAAAAUCAACUCAAAAUAAUAAUAGUUCACAAAAAUCUAUUUCAUUAAUUGAUUCAGAAUCAAAAGAUUUAAGUAUAAUACAUGAUAAUAUAAUAGAACAAUCAAAAUCUUUAAAAAAUGAAUUAGAAACUGAUAGUUUAAAAUCAGAAAUAACUAUACAAUCACAUCAAUCAAGAGAAAUAAAUGGUAUUGAUAGUUCUAGAACAUCUCAUGAUUCAAGAACUUCUACUACAGAAUCUCAAUUGACAACUGAUAAUUUUCAACAUAUAAUUGAACAACGUGAACGUCAAUUACUUAGUGCAACCGAACAAAAUGCUUUAUUAAAUAAUACUAUAGAACAACUUAGAAAUCAAUUACAAGAAUUAGAUGAAACUAAGAAUGCUGAAUUAAAAAUUGUUAAAGAUCAUGUUGAAGGUUUGGAAAAUUUAUUGAAAGGUGCUAACAAGGAGCUUGAUGUUAUUCGACAGCAACAGGCUAAUAAAGAAAAUCCUACAAUCCAAAAUUUACUUGAAAUACAGAGAAAAUUAUUAUUGGAAAAGGAUGAACAAAUUACUGGGCUUUUGUCUGAAGGUGAAAAACUAUCUAAAAGCGAACUCUUACAUAGAACGAGCCUUAAAAAAUAUCGAACGAAAGAGGUCGAACUAGAAAAUAAUUUCGCUGACAUACAAAGAAAAUUUGAAAAAGCCACUAGUGAGGUUACUGAUUUAACGAAUAGGUUAAAACAACUUCAAGAUAGUGAAAAAAAACAUAUUAGUGAUAUAAAACGUCUCGAAGAUGAUCGUGAACGUAAAUUGCAACAAAAUUUAAAAUUGGAGAUUGACCUUGCUGUUUCAAAGGAAGAACGAUCAAACCUUCAACGUCUUUUAGAUAAAUCAAAUGAAGAACUUCAAGAAGCACUGAGUACCAACUCUAUUGCAUCCAUGCAAGCGCAAACGGCAGCUUUAGAAAAGGAGGCAUCUACUUUAGUACGAAUUGAAGAGCAGGCAGGUCUUCGUGAGGAUAAUUUACGGAAUGAAAUUCUGUCAUUACAAAAACAAUUACAAAUAGCAGAAAAUUGUGCACCAGAUUCCACGUCAGAUGAAUGGGAAAUGGAUCGAAUUCAAGUACUCAAACAAAUUGAAGAUGUAAAAACGCAAUAUGCACUUCUUACAACACGAUUAACUGAAGUAGAAGUUGAACGUGAUCAAUACAUUGAAGAAUGUAAAAAAUUAAAUUCGCAAUUAAGGGAAUUGUCACAUUCUGAACAAAAAGAACUUGAACUUAUAUCAGAGCUUAUCGCAGCUCAACAAAAAAAUUCACAAUUAAAAGAGGAGAUAGAGUUACUUAAUUCUCAAAUUCCAAUUCUAAAUAACGAAAUUAAAACCCUUACAUCAAAACUUGAAUCAUCUGAAGAAUAUCAUCAAAAAAGUUUUAAAGAAGCAGAAGAACAAUAUCGUUGUAUGUUACGAAAAACUCUUGAAGAAAAACAGAAUGAAUUAGAAGAGAAAUUACGAUCAGAGCAGGAGGAAUCCAAAUCAAAGGAUCGUGGACUGGAAAAAAACGAGUUUGAACAAAAAUUUCAUGAUUUAAAUGAAAGAUAUGAUACUGCAUUGGAAUUAUUGGGUGAAAAGACAGAAAAGGUGGAAGAGUUACAAGCAGAUAUUCAAGAUAUGAAAGAUGCUUAUCGUAGUCAAAUAACGGAUCUAAUUGCUCAAUUAGAAAAAUUUAAAA